AUGUGGCCGCCUCCUGGUUUGGAUCAUGCUCCAAAUCAAGUCUGUAAGUUGCGCAAGGCUUUAUAUGGGCUCAAACAAGCACCUCGUGCUUGGUUUGAAAAUUUUUCAACUGCAAUUCUCAAGUAUGGAUUCACUCAAAGUCCUUAUGACUCUGCUAUGUUUGUUCGAACAACUGGUAAAGGGAUGGUUCUUCUUUUGCUCUAUGUUGAUGAUAUGGUCAUCACAAGCAGUGAUUUAGAAGGUAUUCAAGCUCUUAAAUCUCAUCUUCACUCUUUCUUUGAAAUGAAGGACCUUGGUUUCUUGAGAUACUUUAUUGGAGUAGAAGUUGACAAAUUUUCUGAUGGGUAUUUCAUUUCACAAGUCAAAUAUGCAUCUGACAUUUUGCAUCGUGCUGGUCUCACUGAUUCUAAGAUUGCAGAAACACCACUUGAAUUGAAUGUGAAGCUCAACCCUCUUGAAGGCAAAGCUCUUCCGAAUCCUACUCUAUACAGACAACUAGUGGGAAGUCUAAACUAUCUGACCAUUACCAGGACAGACAUUAGUUACACAGUGCAUGUUGUUAGUCAAUUUAUGUCUGCACCACGAUCACCAUACUAUGUUGUUGUUCUUCGAAUCUUACGCUAUAUUAAGGGUACUUUGUAUCAAGGAUUAAAUUUCUCAUCUGCCUCUGAUCUUCGACUUCGUGCAUUCUCUGAUUCAGAUUGGGCAGGAGAUGUCACUGGCAGACGAUCAACUACUGGGUCAUUGGUUGGUACACAAGUGCAUAUGAGGGGUUCGAUGAACAUGCUGCUUGAAAAGGCCCCUGUUGUGACGAAAGGAGAUAAUGCUUCUUAUUAA